GAAUCCCAAUAGCCCCAAUACAUGUUCCAAGACUUAUUCGUUGAAGAAUCGUGGAGGACUCCUUUAAACUCUUCGUUGAGUUAAACUGUUUUAUUGGUAAUUGUGAUCAAGCAUGUUUUAUUCCUUAUCCACGGGUACGUCGACAUUCAGGCGAUGACUGGUGGGCAUGUGCAAAAAUUAUUCCCCGAGGAAUCCGAGAAACGUCAGAAAUUGCUCUAACUGCGUGGCAAGAUGAUAGGCGUGACCAAGUUGCUGAAAGUUCAUUAUUACGGGUGGAAACUCAUGUUGUUGACGAUGUGUCUGAUUGUGAUAUUGCUCCGGUGAAUCCUCCAAACAAUGAGUAUGUAUCCGAUGCAGAGGUAGAUGGAGCAGACGAUGAUUCAGACGGUGAUUCAGAGUAGCCUAAUAUAUUCUACUGAGGUAAGGUUGUAAAAUAUGUCGUAAAAUAAGUUGUAAGAUUGCUUAAAAAAACUUAUAUGAUCUAAAAUAUGUUCUGGGUUGUAAAAUAUGUUGUAUGGUUGUGAAAUAUGUUGUAAGAUUGUUAAAAAAAAUUAUAUGAUGUAAAAUAUAUUGUAAAAUGUGAAUUGUAGUCGUUGUCUGAGUUGAAUGUUGAUGGAAAAGGGUUCGGAGAUGAGUAGAAGGCUGAUGGAAAAGGGUUUGGGGUUAUAGUUUAGGGGUUAGAUGUUUGUGGUAUCGGGUUUUUAAAGAUAGCCACGCUAAUUUCGUGGCUAGACCGUGGCUAUGUGGAAAUUGCCCAAAACCAAAUGGUUUGGCUCCAAUUAUUUUUUGUUUGGCGGUUGAUAUUAAAACUUAGCCAUGGUUUUAUCGUGGGAAGGUCGUGGCUAGUACGAAAUUUUGGUAACCAAAAUGGUUUGGCUCCAAUUUAUUCGGUUUUGGCUCCAAUUGUUUUUCAGUUCGCGGUUAUUAUUAAAAUUAAGCCACAGUUUGACACUGUAUUUUCGUGGCUGCGUAAGAAGGGUUUUAUUUCGAUUUUCCCCUUCACUCUCAACACUUAGAAAAAAAGAAGCAAACUCUUCGAAACUCUCUCCCGUGUAUCGUCUUCUCCGAUUUCAAGUCUCACCGUCUCCGAUUCCCCCCUCUCCCUCUAACAUUUCUCCAGGUAACUCUCUAUCUCUCUUCUUUUAACUCGAACCCGAAACCCUUCGAUUCUCGAUUCGAUUUGAUGUUCUAGGGUUUCGAAUAAGGGUUUUUUAGAUUAGGUUUAUUCUCUUUGAUUUAUGGUUUUUUCUUCCUUGUUUAGUUUAACAGCAUCGAUUUAGGGUUUCUUUUUCUCUACUUAAAUCUCGAUUUUGUUUUGAUUCUAUGUCUCAUAGUUGUUAGAUCAGGGUUUUUUUUUCUCUGUGUUAGAGUUGUUCGAUAUAGGGUUUCAGUUUAGUCGCUGUCUCAGUUUGUUCUUUUCAUUGUCUCAUAAUUGUUAGGGUUGUUUCUCUUCUCUGUGUUAGACUUGUUUGAUUCGGGUUUUUGAUUUUGUUUCUCUUCUCUGUGUUAGAGUUGUUUGAUUAUGUUUUGAUUUAACUUACACACUUUAACUUUUUCUUUUGUUAACUGCAUAUGACCUCAAGAAGAGGACCAGGGACAUCUCCUAUGUCUCCUCCAAUGCCACCUGGUGCCACGGGAGUGGCUUCAAACGGACAAGCUUCAUCCUCUCGUUCAAAUAGCUAUCCGCAAAUGUCUCUCAAUGCCAUGUUCAAUGCUCCUGCUAGGAUAUCCCAGCCACACCUCCAUCCAGAUAAACUCAAUGGAGCUUUAUGGUUCUCUAUCGACCCAUCAGUGGGUGCUUUCAUCCGCGCAACAUGGCAAGGAUACUACAUGGGGCCUUGGAAGAGUUGGAGGUCUGUCUCUGACGAAAGGAGGGAUUCAUGGUGGCAGACGUUUGUGCAAAAUUUCUACUGGGAGCCUCAGUUUAAUGACUUGGUGUAUGCGCUGUGGAAAAAGGAAACAUGGACAUCGAUUGGUGAAAGGAUAAGCACGAAGAAGAGGAAAAACAAGCAGCCAAAGUAUAUCAAUGAGAAGGACUGGACUACACUUAUGGAGUAUUGGACCACAGAACCAGCCAAGAAGAAGAGCAAGAAAGCUGCUAAGAGCCGCAAGUCUGACACAGUGGGUAAAGGAGUACACAAGCAAAAUGCUAGACCUGUUGGUUUUGCAAGAAUCGAAUACAACAUGACGACUGAGACUGGUGAACUUCCAUCCUACACAGACCUUGUAAGGAAGACAUACACAAACAAGGAUGGGACUUUUGUGGACUAUCGUGCUGAAGAACUAGUUACUAAAGCUGAGAUGGAAGCCACACAGCUCUCUAACACUGAUGGAUCACCACAGAGCCCAUCAGCAACCUCAGCUCCUUCACGUGUCUUGUUAAACCAAGCUUAUCUGAAGAAUGCUAAGGGAAAGAGAGGGCAUGUCUAUGGAGUCGGCAGUGCCCAGUAUAGGGAACAUGCGCCAUCUGCAAGAGUCCCAGCUUCUCUUUCCCGCAACCUGGAGCUCGAGUUGCGUGUGAGUGGAAUUGAGACAAACUUGCAAAGUGUGACUGCUAAUGUGAGUUCACUAAAGGAGGAUGUGGCAACAAUAAAGGAGAAUGUCUCAACAACAAUGGCUGCAAUCAAUGUGCUCAUCCAAACACUUCGACCUCAAGCUACUCCUCAGCAACAAGUCCCUUCUACUCAGGCUUAACACCCUUCUGCUCUCAGCCUUUCCAAGCCAAUGGCUUUUAGAUGCAUGUUUAGCAUCUUUUGAUUUAUGUACCAUCCUUAAAACUCUCUUCCUUUUGUUCUUAAGACUGAAUCCUCUUGUUUGAUAUUUAUCUUUUUAUGUUUAGCUUUUGUAAACCAACUCUUUAUUAAUAUCAUUUCUGUUAUGUUUUAAA